AUGAAAUUCGUUCUGCUGCUGAUCGUAAGCUCCUUUGCUGGGCAAGGUAUCCUAGGACAGCAGGUGGCGUUUCAGGCUCAGUUUUCUUCAGAAUAUGUCUCAGCGCCCGCAACUGGUCCCCACAUCUUCAAUAACGCCAUCUUUAACCUUGGCAACGCGUAUAGCUGCAGCACCGGCAAAUUCACUGCUCCAGCCCCUGGAGUGUAUUAUUUCGCGACCCAAGUGUUCACCGCUAACAAGAUGAGAGUGAUGGUAGACAUCAGACGAAAUUUCACACCUGUCUCCAGGAUGGCUCUUAACACCACACAACCUGGCGACACAGAAAGCGUGUCUACUGGAAUUAUUCUGAAUUUGGCAGCUAAAGACCAGGUCUGGGUAGAAACGGCCAAUCCAGUCUAUCCUGGUAGAUACUUGGGACUGAUGCAUACCCAUUUCUCUGGGUUUCGGGUGUGCGGCUGCUAA